AUGUGUCAUUUCCUAAUUUACGUUCAAUCUUUGAACGAUCUAGGAAUCGGCGUGAUAGCCUCGCCUCUUUACUCCAUACUUGUUGCGAGCGAACUGGUGGGUAGUCCAAAUUGCGAUGUGUUUCUUGCCUUUUAUAUUAUAUUCUAUACAACGGUCGGUUUUUCCGUGGUCAUACUGUCCGCUAUGAAUCUUGAAAGAUACGCAAGCAUUGUCCAUCCUGUCUACCACCGAAAUAAAGUCACAAAAAGGAAACUUUUGAUUUACGUAUUUUCCUUUUCUGCACUGUUUCUGUGCGUCUCCCUCGCUUCCCUUGUACUUAGUGAAAAUAUUUUGAGCAAAUUUUCAGGCUAUGUGUUCCUGUUGCAUUUCGUUAGUACUGUAUGGCUGUAUACAAGGAUUUUUCUCGUUGGCAAAGCUCAAUUAAAAAGAAGCGAGCCUCGUCUGAAUGCUCCCCAAGGCAACGCUCAGAAUCGGGCGAAUGAUAUACCAAUGCAACGGGAAAAUCAUCACGGUAAUCGAUCAGAUAAUCAAGGAAAUUCAUUAGAUAAUCAAGGCAACACUUCAAAUACUCAAGGCGAGUUAUCAGAUAAUCAAGACGAACUUCAAGGAGAACAAUCAGAUAAGCAAAGUAGUCCAACAGGUGAUCAAGGACAUUCAUCAGAUAAUCAAGAAAAACCAUCAGAUAAUCAGCAUAAUCAUUCAGAUAAUCAAGAUGAACGUGAAGGACAACAAUCAUAUAAUCAAGGAGAACAAUCAGAUAAGCAAAGUAAUCCAACAGGUGAUCAAGGACAUUCAUCAGAUAAUCAAGAAAAACCAUCAGAUAAUCAAGGCAAGAGUUCAAAUACUCGAGGCAGGCCAUCAGAUAAUCAAGGACGACAAUCAUGUAAUCCAGACGGAGGAUUAAAUAAUCAAGGAAGGCCAUCAGAUAAUCAAGACAGACCAUCAAAUAAUCAAAGUAAUCGAUCAGAUAUUCAAGCUGAAAGCAGCCAACGUAACAAACUAGCAAACCAACAAAGCAAUUUGAAUGGCAUCAGAAAACCAUCUAGCCAAGCUUCGUCCAAUAAUAGAAGAUCUGAACAGGAAUUAUUGAUGAAAUUUAAACUAGCAAAGUCAUGUCUGGUCGUGGUCGUAUGUUCGUUUAUAGCGUUUCUACUGCCGCCGGUUUUUCAGCCUUUGGAGUUGAAUAAGUUUGAUGAAAUAAUUCUUGAUGGAUGGUUCACUAUUCUAGUUUUACUAAAUUCGACAUUAGAUUCUCUGAUAUUCUUUUGGAAAAACAAUAUGUUAAGAAGUGAAGCGAAGAAGGUUUUCAAAAGCAUUUUGUCUUAA